CUUUGCAGACAAUCACACGGGGCUCCACUGUCUUGUUUUCUGUCUCUCCCCUGUUAUUUUUUAUCUCUUUUUAGCGCCCUUUAAACACAUAUCCUUAAGUUUUCCCAUUUUUAAACCCCAGACUGGCUUAAUAAUGCCAGUUCUUUGUAGAAAAAGCUGCUUCUACAGCAAAUGUCAUCGUCUUUUUGUCUUCGGAGGUGGAUUUAGCUCAGGUCUGACCCACUUUUAGCCCCCUUGGCUUCACAUUGGCUCUAGUUGGAGAUGUUUUCGCAUCUGUUCCGCUCCCCGGAGGAGUCCUGGGGGGAUGCGAUCUCCCCGAGCCUGCAGCUGGCUCUGACCGCCGUGUACACGGCUCUGUACUCCCUCCUGUUCGUGUUCGUGUACCUGCAGCUGUGGCUCAUCCUGCACUACGGCCACAAGCGCUUCAGCUACCAGAGCGUGUUCCUGUUCCUGUGCCUGCUGUGGGCAGCGCUGCGGACCACGCUCUUCUCCUUCUACUUCAGGAACGUGCUGCAGGCCAACCAGCUGCAGCCGCUGGCCUACUGGCUGCUGUACUGCUGCCCCGUGUGCCUGCAGUUCUUCACGCUCUGCCUGCUCAACCUCUACUUCACCCAGGUGAUGUUCAAGGCGAAGGCCAAGUAUUCACCAGAGCUGACUAAGUACAAGACGCCGCUGCGGCUCUUCUUCCUCUGUCUGAGCGUCUUCUUCCUGGUGGUGAAUCUAACGUGUGCGUUGUUGGUGCAAGGGGCGCUGGAGCACGCUGAGUCGCCAAACGACGGCGGCGUCAGGCAUGCAGUCCUGGCUCGGGUCCUGAUCAACGACAGCCUCUUCGUCUUGUGUGCCAUCUCUCUGGCCGUGUGCAUCUUCAAGAUCGCUAAGAUGUCAUCCGCCAACGUUUACCUGGAGUCCAAGGGCACGUCGGUGUGCCAGGCGACGGCCAUCGGAGCCGUGGUCAUCCUCCUCUACACCUCCAGAGCCUGCUACAACCUGGUGGUGGUGUCCCUGUCCCCGCAGGACCGGCCCAGUCCCUUCAACUACGGCUGGUACACCGUCUCCGACCAGGCGGACGUGCGGGAGAUCAGCGGCGAGGCCUACAUCGUGUUCGGCAUCAUCCUGUUCUUCUGGGAGCUGCUGCCCACCAGCCUGGUGGUGCUGUUCUUCCGGGUCCAGAGGCCCCACCAGAACCUGGCUCCAGGCGGCCUGAUCAACAGCCACAGCUUCAGCUCCAGGGCUUACUUCUUCGACAACCCUCGCCGCUACGACAGCGAUGACGACCUCUCCCGCAGCGUCAACAGCAGGAGCGACCGGGCCAGCCUCCUCUCCACCACUCCCCAGCUGGCCACGUCCAGCUGGUACGGCUCCAUCCAGCGCCACGGGCUGUUAGCCGCCGCGGGGGCGGCGUCGUCCCUGCAGCCGCCGCCCUCCACCGCCCCGCUGCUGUUCGCCAACGGAAACAUCCAGAGCCACCAACACCACCACCACAACUACUACUCCACCCCGCAGAACAACAACUACCAGCACCACCACCACAGCAACUACUACUCCACGCCGCAGAACUACUACUGCGGCUCACAGACGCAUUUCUGCCCGCCGCAGAACUGAGCUAGGACCGGGGCCGACUACUAACCCUCCUUCUCCCUUCAUCCCUUUAUCCAGCUUGAUCUAAACUGGGACUUGUAAGCGAUGCACCUUGCACAAAAGUGGGUUCAGCAGCUCUUGCUAGGAGGAAGUGGAGGUCACAUGACCACGAGACGGUGACGAGUCCCGAAUGGUUACGCUGCUACGUCUCCAACCCCAACCCCUGUCUUUCCUGUUAAAUGCUUUGAAAGGUUCUCAAACGGGAGACUGGAACCACGACGGACCAGAUAAUCAUCAUUCCACCUUCCUGAUUCGCACAUCUGAACACGGAGGGGGGGGGGGGGGGCUAAAUUAGCAGCUGCGAGCUAACCGCUAAUUCUGAAGCGGGUCGGAACUUAAGAGAGAGAAACAUUAGUCACAUUGUUGUUCACGUGGUUAUUUGGGUUGAGAGUGUUUGAUACAAUCAUGUCACGCUGUUCAGGCUGGCGGCCGGUUAGCGUUGCUGAGAGUUAGCUCGGCUUAAAUCACAGAAUAUUGUUGUUCUUGUUCUUGUUGUUGAUUCCUCACCGCACAGAGGGUGUAAAGGUGCCGCUGGCAGGACCGACGCUCGGUUCUGCUUCACUGGUACGGCCGCGGGUCCAGCUGGACGUGUAAUAUAAGCUCCCGGCGUGUUAGCGCUCACGGCGUGUUAGCGCUCACGGCGUGUUAGCGCUCACGGCACAGACGUGGGGUCGUCGGGUCCAGGUCCAGUCGCCGGGUCAUGGAUGAUGACGGGUCAGGGGGAAAUCCUGGCCGUCUCAGCCCCAAAUAGUCAGUUAAAAGGUCAGAGUUCUCAGACGUGGGUCGUAUAAGGGACUCGACAUGAAUAUUGGACCUGCUCUUGACAGCAGAGUGAAACUCUGAGCUUUAGCUGUAUCCAUGCAGGCUGGACGAGUUUUUAAAGUUUAUUUGUGACCAAAAACAAUUCAUAUAAACUUCUUUUUUUACUUAAUUUAUGUUUUGGUUUUUUUUAGCUGUGAGGCAGACAUUUGCACUUAGGUAGAAAGUGGGCGUGGCCCUGAUUGUAGUUGGUAUUUCUUCCUUUCUCAAGUUUCUUUUAGUAAUCUUCUAGUUUAUAUUUUACUAUUUAUCCCUUGAAAAAAGGAAAUAUCAACGUGCCAUCACAUUUCGUCAUUCCUAAUAUUUGCAUUCCUCAAAGAAAGAUAUUUUUGCACAAGAAAUGGCCAGAUGAUGUAUGUUUUUAAUCGUGUCUUCAUGCCUGCGCCGCGUGUUCGGGGGCAUCCGUGGUCUUAGCUUAGCUUUGUCUCGUGUGCUUUUAUACAUCAGUUUAAUUUUGCACAGAUUCUUUUUUUUUUUAACUAACAGAUUUUAUAGGUUUGUUUUGUUGUUACUCUGAAUCUCAUGACGGACUGCAGCCUGUCGGCCAGGAAGAAGGUAGUUUUUUUUGUCGUUUUCGAUCCACUUCUGACGCCAAAAUCGGCACGUGUGUGUUAGAUAACUGAGGAAUGACCGCUGUUGUAUUUCGGCUAAAACCUUUCCCAGCCGGUUGAUUCGUUUCAGCUGCCGCUCAUCUGACAGAGAAGAGAAGUCUUCAUCCUUGUGCGGUGCAGAGUGCAUGUUUCCCAGGGCGGAGAUAUUUCUGUGAAGACGUUAUCAGUCUAUGCUACACAGCUGCAGCAUCUUAUUUCCUGAAAAUGAACCGUUUUCUGUCAUUGAUGGUUUUAUCUGUGGCCAUAUUGAAUGUAACCUGUGCAACAGAUCACUAAUGUGUAUGCAAGAAAAGCACUACCAUGUUUAAUAAAGGCCUACUGCACUGUU